AUGUACGGCCAUGUUGUGGUGGAGGAGCCACCAACAGUUUUAUCCCUUCAGGGACCACUUCUUACACCACAGCAGGAGCAGGAGAAAUGGCUCUGUGAUUCGCUUGAGACGGUGAAGGAGGUUGAAGCCGAAAUGAAACUGUACAUCCGCCGCCGAGAGCAGCGUAACGUGUGGAAUGCAGCAGCGAAAAUGUUAGCGGAGAUGCGAACCGAUGUUCUAGCUCCACAGUAUUAUUAUGAGCUUUACUUGAAGGUAUUUGACGUACUACAGGUUCUACAUCAGUUUGUGGAAGAUGAAUAUCGAGAGGGGUGCUCGCUGGAGGAGAUGUAUGAUGUGGUGCAGCACACGGGGAGUAUUGUCCCACGUUUGUAUCUGCUGAUCACCGUUGGGUCGGUGGCCAUCAAGUCAGGGGAACAACCGGCUGUUGAAAUAAUGCGCGAUUUGGUGGAAAUGUGCAAAGGCGUACAGCACCCCACGCGCGGGAUGUUCCUUCGCCACUAUUUGCUAACUGUGACGAAGAACAGACUACCAGGUGAAGGCGGUUACACAGGUUCUAAGUCCACAGAGGGCGGAGGCGGGACGGUAGAUGAAACGAUUGAGCUGCUUCUGCAAAACUUCAAAGAAAUGAACUGGCUGUGGAUCCGCAUGGAUCUAAAGGGGCAACAACGUACUGGGGACCAGCAGCGAACACAACAGCGGGCGCGCAGGGAUCGAAAGGAGUUGUGUGUACUCGUUGGCAUGAACAUUGUGCGUCUCGCUCAGCUUGACGGUGUGGAGCGCGAAACUUAUCAAACCUCCAUACUUCCGCGUCUCCUUCAAAUAAUUGUGGGUUAUCGUGAGUCACUUGCGCAACAGUACCUUUUUGAGGUGGUUGUGCAGGUGUUUCCUGACGAGUUCCAUCUGUUCAGUCUUGAACAGUUACUCGCUGCUCUGGGGCAGCUUCAGUCCAAGGUGGAUGUAAGUGCCAUACUUUCUGCGCUAUUGCAACGGUUGGGAAAGUAUGCUGAGUUGAUGAAUGAGGGAGUGGCGGAAGCCGGAAGCAGUACCGAGAAGGAACUGUUGAUGACGAUGUUUGAUACAGUGAAAACUCGUCUUGACGACAUGGCAGAUGCUACCAAGACCGCUCUCCAAGCCCUGCACGGCGGCGACGUAAAUACCCAAGGGAAGGAUGGGGUAGAGGGCGUCUCCAUUCUUUCCGGCAAGAGCAAGCAUCCAUACAUGUUAACUUUCUUUUCGUACAUUAAGUCAAUGUACAGUUUGGCUGAACUUGCGCUCAAAGUAAACCCCGCUACGGCUCCACAAAAUAUUGGGCUUAUUUUCACGGGCAUUGCGAACCGUUUGCCUCCCGCACUUGAACAAAACAUAAUGCUUGGGGUGGGCCGUCUCAUUAUCCGCGUGAUAGAGUGCCUGAAAGAUCCUAGCGUGGUGCUGGACCUUGAGGGCAUUGAUGUGUUGGUACAACCUCUGUGCGCCUCCACACGUCGCUCCAUCGCUCUUGCACUCUGUACAGCAUGCUUGCAUUCCCCCUCGUAUCGAAUUUCUACCAUCAAGUUGGCUGCGCGGCUGUUUGAACUUAUUGCGCCACUCGUAUACGACGAAGGCGAUGUUGCGGGGGGAAGCAACCAGCCUGAAAAACCUGUCCAGGAGGGUACAACUUUUACCGGUGAAACUCAAAUCGACGAGAAGAGUGCGGAGGAACAACAGCUUGUCUGUCGUGUGCUUCAUUUACUACAGUGUGACGAUGUAGGGAUUCAAGCGAAGAUAAUGAACGGUGUGAGGAAACAACUGACAAAAGGUGGGCCGCAGCGGAUUGUAGCCACUUUGCCGACGCUUUUGUCCAUGUAUAUGCAGUUGGCACUGCGCGUCAUGAAAGGGGCCACGGUGACGCUAGAUCCCGACACAGCAGAAGCAGGGGAGGAGGAGAGAGGGAGUGGUGGGGAGGGGAAACCGACCGAAAACGUAGAAAAAACAAAAUCCGUUACCACUUUUGACAUGGAGGAGGCUAGGGCUCUGUGUUCUAAGAUAUUCCAUUUUGUUCAUUCUGGUGAUGGCAAGGGUGUAUUGGAGGUACUCGCGGGUGAGGCCCCACAGCAAGCAUUCUACCUCUACCUUUCUAGUGCUGCGACGGCAGACGUAUGUGAGCUUUCCGAGGUGAUCUACGAACAUUUUGUGAGUGCGUUUCAAAUAUAUGAACAAUCCGGUGUUGACAUGAGCGAGCAAAUUGCAAUGGUCGGGUACGCCGUGGCGCAACUGCAUGCCUUACACUCGCUGCCAGAGGAAACAUAUGAGCUUUUGGCUACCAAGGUGUGCCAAUAUUCUUCCAAGCUGUUGCGUAAGAGUGAUCAGAGCCGCCUUGUAGCUCUUUGUGCACAUCUCUUCUGGAAAAAAGACCUUUCACAGGACAGUAAUAAUCGCAUUGUGGAAUGCCUACAGCGAGCGCUGAAGAUUGCUAACCAUGCGGCUUCUCAACAAUCAAAGCAGCAACAGCAACUGUUCGUAGAGUUGCUUAACCUUUUCCUACACUACUAUGCUGGACGUGCCCCUGGUGUCACCGCUCGGCACGUCACCGGUCUUCUUGAUCUCGCACAGGACUCUCUCACCAAGCUUAAGCAACAAGACGAUGGUGAAGAUAACGAGAAUGAAGAUGAAAAGGACAGGAGUGUCAAGGGGGAGACUAGUGAAGAGGUGCGGCGGUACUACGACAACACAAUUCAGUACAUUCGUACACGGCAGGAAGUUGAUGAGCGGUGGAAGGAAAUUGGCAUGACAGAGGGAGAAGGCGAGGCCGCUGAUAAUGAGUAG